UUUCCUUCUUUUUUUUUUAAUUUUUAUUUUUAAUUUAUCAAGAGUCAGUCAUCUGGAAUCGAAGCUUAAAGACAGACAGUGUGGUCUAGCUCAAAAGACUUGCACUUUAAGCUUUCAAAUCCGCGGAUUAGGGUUCUUAAAUCUCUGUAAGUUUCAAUUUUGUUUUAUUUCUACAUCGUUACUUUCCGGUUUUCAUGCUUUUCUUUGGGUUUCAAAUUUGUUUUAAUUGUUUUCCAAAUGUCCUUGUAAUUAUGGUACAGAAUUGCUUGUUUAGAGUUUAGGGUUUUCAUGCUUGUUACUUUUGGGUGGGAAAUGUUGACUUUCUUUUUCUUUUUUAUUUUUUUCUUUCCCUUUUGGUUUUUCGUGUUUUGCAUGUGAAAUUCAAUUUUCUCUGUUUGGUUGCUGAGAACAUGCUGAAAAUGAAGCGGAAUUUUGGAUUUUAAAUGGGGAGCUUUGGGAAUACCAAGCAUGGAACUCGGAAUGUUUUUGCUAAUUUGAGGUUAAUUAACUUUUGCGUUAGACUGUUUUGCAAAUGGGCAAGGAAGAAUCGGUGACUGAAGUUCCUGAUGUAGUUGAAAAUGGAACUAGUGCACCAGAGAAAUCAGGUAAAGUUGUGACACAGAAAAAAGAAGAGGAAAGUAGUGUAUUGAAAGCAAUGGAUGAAGAUAAAGUUUAUACUGUGGAAGCUGAGACUGAGAAGAUGGAUGAAGACCCCAAGGUGAAUGAAGAGAAGGAAAGCAAAGAAGAAAAAGAAAAGGAUGAACCCGAAACUGAAGUAAAGGAAGAAAAAAAUGAACCAGUGGAAGAAGAAACUGGAUCAAAAGAUGAUGCAGAAGUUGAAGAAAAUGAGGAAAACAAAGAAGAGGUGGAGGAGAAGGUUGAUGGGUCUCAGGAGAAAGAAGAGAAGGCAGAACAGAAUGAGGAUAAGGGUGUAAAGAAACGUGGGAGAGGAAAGAGUGGCGGGGAGAAGAAGAGUGGUAGGGAGAAAGGCGAGAAGAAGAAGAAGAAGGAGCCUGAGCCAAGGACUCCUGCUUCUGACAGGCCACAACGGGAGCGGAAAUCUGUUGAAAGGCUGGUGGCAUCUAUUGAGAGAGAUGCAACCAAGGAAUUCCAUAUAGAAAAGGGCCGUGGUACCCCACUGAAAGAUAUACCUAAUGUUGCAUUCAAGUUAUCCAGAAGGAAGACUGAUGAUACCUUUAAGCUGCUUCAUACAAUUCUCUUUGGGAGGAGAGGGAAGGCAAUUCUGAUCAAGAGUAAUAUAUCCCGUUUCUCUGGAUUUGUGUGGCAUGAAAAUGAGGAAAAGCAAAAGAUUAAAGUAAAAGAAAAAUUUGACAAGUGUAAUAAAGAAAAAUUGUUGGAAUUUUGUGAUGUACUUGACAUACCAGUUGCCAAGGCAGCUAUGAAGAAGGAGGAUAUUGUUUCAAAGCUGAUAGACUUUUUGGUGGCUCCUCAUGCUACAACUACUGUGCUACUUGCAGAAAAAGAGAAGGCAAAUAAGAGCAAAAAGCGCAAGAGGGUAACCAAAAGCUCAGCCUCUGGGAGUGUGUCUUCAACAAGUUCAGCAAAGAGUCGAAAAAAGGCCAAGGAUGCUUCAAAAACUGAUAAAAAAGAUACACCUGAUACUGAAGAUGAGUCAAAAGAAGAAAAAGAAGAGGAAGAAGAUGUAGAAGAAGAAAAUGAAAAUGGUCUUGUGGAGAAAUCUGAUGCUGAGAUACCUGGGCAUUCUGAAAAUGAGGAAAAUGAGUCUGAAGAGGAAUCUGAAGAAGAUGUUGGUAAACACAAAAGAAGCUCAAGAACAUCAUCUAGAAAGAAGGAAUCCACUGGAAAAGCUAAAACCAAGAAACUCACUAUUUCCAUUAAAUGCAGUCCUCCUCCAAAAGGGGUGCCUAAAAAAUCUUCAUCUAAACGCACUGAGGCGGAUGAUGAUGGUGAUGCAAGUCCAAAGGUUUUCUCAAGGAAGAAGAAAAAUGAAAAAGUAGUAAAGGAGAAGUCUUCAACUCCUAAAAAAUCUCCUUCCGAGGAGAAAACAGGUAAAAGGACUACAAAAGGGAAGGAAAAGGCUAAAGUCAAAGGGGAGAAAUUGAAGCCAACUGAUGAUGAGCUUAGAGACGCCAUAUGUGAAAUUCUUAAGGAGGUGGAUCUUAAUACGGCUACAUUCACUGACAUUUUGAAGCAACUUGCUCGGCAAUUUGAUACAGAUCUGACCCAAAGAAAGUCAUCUAUAAAACUCAUGAUCCAAGAAGAGCUUACCAAACUAGCUGAUGAUGAAGAAGAUGGAGAUGGUGAUGCUGAGAAAGAUGAAAACCAAUCUACAGUUCAAGAGGUUGAAGCCUGAAAACUUGUAUCAUGAGUUCACAACUGCCAGAAAAUAGUUUAGCUGUAUAUGCUUAUCUCAGUAGUUUCCACCUAGUUGUGCACACUUGUACUACUUAGUUUGUAAACAAAGCCUGUACUGUUGGUGUUUAAUUUGCUAGCAAAGCAAAAACUAUAUUUAUUAGGAAAUGUAGAGCAGGUGAAACUACAAAGAGCUGUAAUGCGUGAUAGCACAUGUUGUGUACACAUUAACAUAAUAUGUAGGUUUUUUGGUUCCCCUAAUUCUCAAUUAACCGGCUUUUAAACUCUGU